AUGAUGAAACUCUUCAUUGCUGCCGCUGCCCUCGCCGUUAGUUUCACUACUGCCCUUAACACUCGUUUGGCCGCUGAACCAAGCAGUAGUGACCUAUAUGCCAAACGUUACGAAAAUAAUAAGAAUUAUUGCGGCGAAGUGGAAACGAUUCCGAGAGAAUCUUUUAUUGUCUUCCAGAAUAGGAAUGGUGCAGACAAGAGAGUUGGUUGGUGCAUCGCUGUGACCAGCUCUAGUAAAAACGACGUUUCGUGGUAUGCUCAACUCAACGCAGACGACUCUCUGAAACCAUCUCCUGUCAACUUGACUGCAAAUGUUGCAUUAAAGUAUAACACCAUUGUUCUUUAUGUUGUCACCUCAAUUAAGACAAUGAUGAAGUAUGAGUACAUUGCAGGACCUGGUGUCAUUGCGAAUGUCGCCUACAACCUUGAAAUGAACACUGAAUUCCAAACCAAUACAGGAGUGCAGUACUUCAUUAGAGUGUGGAUCAAUGCAUUAGGUGGUAACAUACCUUAUGGUGACACAGUCCCGGGCAAGGGACUGAUCGUUUCCAAUGUUGCUUAUGAUCUGUACAUCGGAAAUCAUAACGGUAUCAGGUACAUCACAUACGUGGCAACUCAACCGGUUACCCACUUCGAUGAUGACCUAUUGGUGUUCAUCAAUGAGCUCAAGAUACAACAAAUUUAUUAG